GCCCCGUUUUCCCUUUGACGAGAAGAUUGAUUUAUCAGGAAACUUCAUCAAGAGAAAACAAGCGGCCGCUCGAGCUGAUCGAUUAAUCAGAUUCAGAUUAGCCUCCUUAUCGAAACAUACCACGUGUUUCGUCACUUCAAUAUGUUUGAUUUUUAAUGUAUGAUAACAGCAGCAGCGGCCUCUCUCCUCGCUUACAGCUGCUUUUCUUUUCACGUGUCACUGAGUUUUGUCCCGGAGUCGUUGUUUCACGGCCGCUUCAACAAUGCCAGCUGAGUUUGUGUUGUUUUAACGAGCCACGCUGUACGUUAUCGUCAACGCUCGCUGCACGUGCUCGGUCAAUACUAUCAGAGCUCACGAGACCGCCCAGGUUAACUGAGGACUGAGGCACACAGCGGCUUGAUGGAGUUUGAGGAGUCCGGUAUCGGGGAGGAGUGCGGGGUGUUCGGGUGUGUGGCGGCCGGAGAGUGGCCCACACAGCUGGAGGUGGCUCAGGUCUUGAGCCUGGGGCUGGUGGCGUUACAGCACAGGGGUCAGGAAAGUGCCGGGAUUGUCACAAGUAAUGGAGCCAGUCCGCCUACAUACACUACCCACAAGGGAAUGGGAUUAGUGAGCACAGCUUUCCCACCCGAGGCUCUUCUGAAACUGCGCUAUGGUAACCUCGGCAUUUGUCACACACGCUAUUCAACUACUGGGAUUUCAGAGCUUCAGAACUGCCAGCCCUUUGUUGUGGAUACACUGCAUGGCAGGAUUGCCGUGGCACACAAUGGAGAGCUUGUUAAUGCUCAUGCCCUGCGGAAAAAGGUCAUGCGUCACGGUGUGGGCCUCUCCACCAGCUCAGACAGCGAGCUCAUCACCCAACUGCUGGCACUGACUCCACCUAUGGAGGAGCGGGAUGCACCAGAUUGGGUUGCCAGAAUCAAGAAUCUGAUGACCGAGACCCCAACAUCUUACUCACUGUUGGUGAUGUUUAAAGAUGUUAUCUAUGCUGUGCGUGACCCAUACGGAAAUCGCCCCCUCUGCAUCGGACGGCUUGUUCCCAUCUCUAAACUGCACAGUUCAGCCGAAGAGGAGGACACCGAGGGUUGGGUUGUGUCAUCAGAGUCCUGCAGCUUUCAGUCCAUCGGUGCCAAGUAUUACAGAGAGGUGUUACCAGGAGAGAUAGUCCAGAUAUCCAAGCACGGAGUCAAGUCUCUGAGUGUUGUCCCUCGCCCUGAGGGAGACCUCCCUGCCUUCUGCAUAUUUGAAUAUGUUUACUUCGCCAGACCAGACUCCAUUUUUGAAGGGCAGAUGGUCUACACUGUCAGGCAGCGCUGUGGUCGGCAGUUAGCCAUCGAGGCGCCAACAGAAGCAGACGUGGUCAGCACUGUGCCAGAGUCUGCGACCCCUGCUGCCCUGGGCUACGCUCAGCAGUCUGGGCUGCCAUAUAUAGAGGUUCUGUGUAAGAACCGCUACGUCGGGAGAACAUUUAUUCAGCCGAACACCCGUUUGAGGCAGCUGGGAGUUGCCAAGAAGUUUGGGGCUUUGACGGACAACUUUGCUGGGAAAAGAGUGGUGCUGAUUGAUGACUCCAUCGUCAGAGGCAACACCAUCUCCCCCAUUAUAAGACUGCUGAAGGAAGCUGGUGCAACUGAGGUUCAUAUCAGGGUUGCCUCUCCACCGAUCAGAUACCCGUGCUACAUGGGGAUCAAUAUUCCAACCAAGGAGGAACUCAUCGCUAACAAGCCUGAGUUUCAAGACAUUGCUGGAUACAUUGGUGCUGCCAGUGUUCAGUAUCUGACUGUGGAGGGCCUGGUAUCAGCCGUUCAGGAGGGCAUCGCCUCCUUCCAGAAGGACGAGGUGAUCAGCUCCAGUAACAAGUCCAGUAAGAGAGUGGGCCACUGCACUGCCUGUCUGACUGGGAAAUAUCCAGUGGAGCUGGAGUGGUAACGCCAUGACCAACCAUCGUUACAGCAGCAGAAGCAGCACUGUGGGCUCACUGCAAGCUCCCACAGUUGAUAAACACGGAAAAAAAAUUCUCUGUAGACUGGAAAAGAAGUGGUUGGGCAUUUGAAUAUUGCUGUCUGGGACACCAAGAGAUGUGUUGAGUACACAGCACCUGCUUUCUGUACAAAGGCUUAAUAUCCUGCUUAGAUUCUGUCACUUAAAGGGUUUGGAGUUUUGGAAGUAGGUUUGUGUGGGGUACUGAUCCAUAGUCAGUGUACUACCUACAGCAAAUGAUACUUCGCAUGCCCUGAGUUUGGAGACGCAGGCAUGAGUACCACAGGGGCAGCUAAAAAACAUUUUAGCCACCUAAAAAAAUAAAUAUCGGUUUAAGUGUGCGCUUUAUUUAGAAUAUUUUCACAGCUUUACCUUGCCAUCAGACAGCUGUUAUGUCACUCUCUUCAAAGCCACCAGACUCCAUUGACAAAAACAGCAAUUUUACCUCACUGAACAUGGGAGUUGCUGGUCUGCCACUGCUUCAAUUGGUCAUUUAUUUGUGUUAUUGUGACACUGAAGUGCAUCCAAACUGACCCUUUAAAACCCCAAAGUCACACAAUAGCACAAACAAACGAAUUAAUUGAGGUAGCAGUAGAUCAGCAACUCCUCAAGUUCAGCAAGGUAAAAUGGCCGUUUCUGUCAAUGGAACCUGGCUUUGAAAAAGAGCACUGACAAGUUUUGCCCAGCCACAGCAGUACUUUCCGUGGGCUACUCUUGUCUGCUUCUCCAAACUCGAGGCGCGCUGAUCGACAUCUACUGUACGUAAUACACUGAUUAUUGAUAAGUACCUCAUACAGCCCCACUUCAAAAAAUCUGAACUAUCGCUCUAAGCUAAAAAUGUCACUGUUAAAGACCUCCAGUAGUUACAGUCUCACUUUGCAGCAGUGAUGUGUAGUCAGUUAUUUCCUGAUGUCACAAAGGUGUGAUUCCAAGUGCAUGUCUUACUACACAAUGCUGUUGCUUUUUGUUUUUUUAAACGCUACCAUGUAAAUGUAUUUUGAGGAGUCUUUAAAUAAGAUUCACAUUUUCACAUUCCUAGCCUUAAAACGGGAGCAUUAGGUAGAGUUUGCCGUGUCAGAAAAGCGCACAAGGCUCAUGACCAAAAAGUUAAAAUGUCUUAUUUUCCUGUCAUGUUUACUUUUCUAUCUUUACCUAAAAUUAACCAUGAUGCUGUUUUGUUUUGGGUCUGCCUGCUGGAUAUUUUGUUUUCUAGACUUUCAACUGUACAUGAAUAUAAUGGAAAAUAAAUGAUAAAGUUACUGCAA